AUGUCUUAUAUGAGCACUUCAGAAAAUGUGGGUUUCAGUGGUAUUCCCCAAAAUAUAUCAGAAACAAGUUGUGCGAGUCAAUAUAAAAUGGCAGUUGAAAGUGUUCCUGGAUCAUGUAACAGUAAUGUGAAUAUGUACAUUAAUGACAGCUCAGGAGAUGAGCAAUCAUACAUACCUCAUUUAUCAGAAAACUUCUUUCAUUCAAAAUUUAAGAUUGAUCCUAAUGAUCUGUAUACGUUUCAUGAUUCAGAUGUUAUAGCUGGUGAAAUUACUGUUAGUAACACAGAAGAAAAUGUGACUCUGUCUGAUACUGAAGGGAAAGCUAUACCUUUAGAAAGCCCUAUUAAGGAACUUGAUCUUUUAGGAGGCUUAAAUAAUGGUGAAAUAAAACAAACUGCUAAUCAACCCUUUUUGAAUGGUCACUGUAAGAUCAAUGAAAUUAACAAGGCAGUAGAUAAAAAGACAGUUAAUGCCAAAGCGAAAAAAGUUCAGGCUCAAGACAUUUGUGUCAAUCAGCCAAAGAUAACUAUUAUUCAUCGUCCAGGUCUUCCAAGCCCUAAGGGGCACCCACCGACAAACAAAGCUUUACAGCAUAACAGUGAUGUUUCUAAGGAUAAUGCCCAGAAUGUAACUGCAAAAGCAGGAGGAGAAACAUUUUUGGAUGUUUUUAAACGAGAGCAAAUUUUGUCUGACAGCCAAGUAGCAGUUAACAAGACUGAACCUGUUAAAAUUUCCACUCCUGCCCAAAAGAAGUCUGCAGCCAAACCAUCAACCAAGGCGAAAAAAGGUAGAGGGCCUAUACAGCAUGAGGCCUUGCAACGGAUAUCCCCUCACCACAGAGUAAUAGUACAGCCAAUAAAGACCUGGCACUCACCGGAUGAGGAGUUGUUUGAAUGUGGCCCACUAGAUAUUCAGAAUACAAACCCAUACAAACUCUUAGAAAGCAGUAGCGAUGAUGACAUUAUGCCUGAUUAUGAGAGUGGGUCGGGGCCCGUCUGUGUCGAAGAAAGUGCGGCAGAGUCUCGAAGCGCCAGACUAGAACUGCGUAGGUCUGCGAUGAGAAGACAGGUGUCUCGGACGGCGACGGCUAUGCACUUGACCAAAAAGCAUGAUGGUCAUAAAGCAUUGGCAGCCCUUAUAAAGAGACAACUAAAUGGAGCGAGCUCCUGUCGUCUUCCUCAACAAACGAUGAAUCACCUUUUGGCGAUGCGCGGAAUGACUGGAACUUUAUCUUUACAAGAGAGACGGACGCUGAGAGCAAGCGGCUGGUCGGGGAGCGACAGCAGUAAAUUAGACUCGAACGCAACGAGCAUGUGUGCUGAGGAAAAAUGCACUUUAACGCCUCUACCGUGCGCUCGGUAUUGCUUAUCACACAUCACGAUGGCGCCGGAACAGCGGCUGUAUGCAGCGUGUGCAGCAGUCUUCGCGGGCGGCGAGCGCUGCAAACAGCCGCUUUUGCCGCUGCACGAGCAGACGCCUUUGUGUCCGGAACAUGCUUGGAAGAGGGAUAAUUACGAGCUCCUCAGUCGCGAGAAGCCCCAAAAGAGCCGCAAGCGUGCGUGUCCCAUGGGCAGUGCUGUGCGUCCGCCGCGACCGCCGCGCAAACCCAAGCGGAGACGUCGACUGGUCGCCAAAAGACCGCCCGUACAUACGCAGUCUUUGUCAGAAAUUAAUGCCUACUCAAAUUCGUCGGCUUAUGACAGCGAGGACACCGGGAUUGGUGGGCUGAGUGAGAGCGAAUAUAUUGGUGGAACUGCAACUGAACUAGAAGUCGGUCAAGUGCCCCCAGAUGACAUUUUGGACCCGAGCGUCUUGAGCCAGAUGCCGGACGAAGCUUUCACGGAGUUUUUUAAUCAAGCGGAGGGGGGUACGUUCGCGGAAAGCUGCGAACUAGCGGCCGCAUUGGAGGCCGUGUUGGACGAGCGUGCGCUCGAUAUGACCGACGUGUUUACGAAUUCGCCUGUACCUGCUAAUAAGAUGCAAGUUGCCGUAAGUAUGGAGCCGUCGUCCGCGCCCUCAUAA